AUGUCUCACCAGCAGCGGCUUGUCCAGCUCUCCGCCGCUUCGCUCGCCGUCGUCUUCGGCCCAGACGAGGAGAGUUUGCGCGCCGGCGGAGGGAAAUCCAAUGCCGAUACUACCAUUGGACAGGAGGUUUUUGCGGACUUUAAGGCGCAGAAUUUGCGCAGUUCCUGGAAUAAGAGACUCGUUAAGGCCAUCGCUGGAGUUUACUUUCAGGGAUGGAUGGAAAACUUGGUGCUUUUUAUUCAAGGGAAUGCAAACAACUUGGAGGUGCUGAGAGAAGCGUGGAUGCGCAGAGCUCUCAGGUCACCAAAGGGAUUUAUCAUUAAAGCUGUCGGUGACCUGUCCCCGGUGCAGAUGUCCCCUGUCCCCCAGUCCCAGUUCAUUCCCUUGGCUGAGGUGUUGUGCUCAGUCAUCUCAGAUAUGAACUCCUCUCAAAUCAUCGUCAACCAGGAAGCACUUAUCAAUUACAUGAGCAAAGCCCACCCAGGGAUAACCAUCCCGACUCAGGACAUCCUCUACAAUGCUCUCGGCAAUCUGAUCAAGGAGCGCAAAAUUUACCAUACAGGCGAGGGCUACUUCAUCGUCACGCCUCAGACCUAUUUCAUCACCAAUACCAUGGUCCGGGAGAAGAGCUGGUGGACUUCUGGUUCAGCAGACGACCCUCCCUCCCCUCCUCCCAUUACUUACCUAUUGAGCAACGAUGCUUGUGUUGAAAGCACUCAAACGCAGCCAGUGGCUCACUGCAAGUCUUGCAGCUGCUUUAGCCCUCUGCAAACAUCCACCAAUAUCGCCUCCACUGCAGUUACAGCCACCGUCCCCUCCUCCACGGUCCCCGACCAGCAUUCUGUCUCUUUCUCUGUAAGUGAAUGUACAGGCAAGAGCUUGAAAUGGCCCCGACCGCUCGAUUCCAAACCCUCCGUGCAGCAUCAGUCCACCUCCACAGCUGCAGAUUGUCAUGCAAGUGAGAUCAGCAAAACAACAGGCACUACUAACGCUACUGGCCGCAAAGAAAAAGACAACAAACCGGGGAGGAAGUUUGGUCUUAGUUUGUUCCGAAGGAAUGGAGGUAAGAAGGAGAAACUAAAGAAGGAGUGCAUAUCAUUUUCAGCCCAGUUCCCUCCAGAGGAGUGGCCAGUAAGAGAUGAAGAGGACCUGAACAAUUUACCCCGUGACCUGGAACAUGCCAUCAUCAAACGCAUCAACCCUGAACUGACCGUGGACAACUUGACACGUCACACGGUCUUAAUGAAGAAGCUGGAGGAGAGAAGGGAAAGAGGGGUAGAUAGAGUGUUGGACAGGGGUCUGGAUAAAGACGAUAAGGGAGUAGAUAAGGGAAUGUCUACGGAGAUCCUAGCAAAAACCAGGCAUCAUCACUCCUCUAAGGCAGGGAAAAGAUCUGCUCAGAAGGCCUCUCGCGGGAAAAGGAGAGCCCAUUCCUCCAGAGAGAAGCAGAAGGAAAAGGAGAAAGAGAAGGUUAAGAGCAAGGCUCCCAUAUGUGCGGAUGUCUAUCCAGAGGGGGAGGAUUUGAUCCCUUCUCGGCUCAGAGUGGAAAUCCCUGUUGAUGAACAAGAUCAAGUGGAAGAAGGUGGAGCUGUUGAGGGGAAAUCUCUUUAUAAGAAACGCAUUGAAAACCCUUUCCAGAUUCAUCAAAUCAAAGAAGCUGAGCCAAUUAUCCCCGCCACCAUUAACAAGGAGCAUAGAAGGCGAGAGGUGAAAGAGGGAAAGGUUUUGGGGCCAGGGAGGAAGGAUCAAAUGUCUCAACGCUCCAAAUCGUGGGAUCCCCAUCGGGCCAAAGUGAUCGCAGCAGAUGGAGAGCAUGCAAGAAAAUCCCGUACAUCUGAGGACAGGUACAACUGUGUACAUGAGAGGGACCUUACCGCUGAUCAUUUGCUCCAAGCAGACAUCAACAGUGAGCUGCCCCUGGACUACAGCUCAGCCUACCCACAGAACAGUACGCUUCGGAUAGACGACAAGAUCCGUCAUGAGAGGGAGGGAAACAGCAAGGAGGGCUGGGAGAGAGGCGAAAAUGGGCGUUUUAAGGAGGCAGAAUACAACGGUGUACCAGACCACAGCCACGCUGUAGAUGACAGUCUCUCUAAUAUCCAACAAUACUCCAAUACUAAUGCCAUCCUCCCUACCCAUUCUUAUGAGACUGACAUAAACCACUCUCAUGACCCAACUCUGCCCUGGCCCAAGCCCUCUUUACUACAGAAACACUCACUCAGACUCUCCAGCCCACAACGGGACGAUACUCAGAGGCCAGAGCUCUCUUCACACCAGCAGGCCUGUGAAACUACAGCCACCCACGAACAACGCGCGAUAAGACCCGUCCCUAUUAGUAAAAGAGAACAAAGAACCAUGAGCCAGGGAGAAAUGCCUGAACUGAUAGCUGACAGCCCUCCCUCAAUAACAGACACUGACGGCUUCAUAGAAGACGACUAUAGGCUCUAUCAGAGAGCAGAAGAGUUGGAGGAUGAGGAUGCCUGCAGCUCCUUGUGUCUGAAUGAGGAGAUCACUGAUGCGUACCGUACAGGUGUAGCGGACUACCAUGGCCACCAUUUGGUUUACCAUGACCAUGAAUCUGAUUUGCAAUAUCGAGGGCCCCGCCGUCACUAUUAUAAUUCCAACUUUCACCAACCACAAGUCGCUACGAUACAAGAUUCAAGGGACAGCACUUUCACAGAUCUCAUGCCCCCACCAACCCAGAGGGAAGCCUCCAUCAGCACCACCAGACCUGGAGAGACCAGCUUGAGACUCCAUCAUCGCCAUCAGAGAACCAGAUCGCCAGGGGCCCAAAGUGAAUCCAGCCCCAGACAAGGCACAUUAGUCCAGGGGGAGAGACGCCACGAGGUCAACCUUGAUGUGGAUUGUCCCGAACCCUCUGAAGUUGCAGACAGUAGCAUCUUUGACUACUGCCAGACCAGUGAGAUAGAUUCAGACACAGAGACUGUCCGUAAAUCGGCUGAUGAGGGCGACGGUGAAUCUGCUCACUGGGCAGCUGAGGUGGAGGUGUUGCAGGCGGAUGAGCUUGAUGAGACGGGUGUUCCUCAGACCCAGAGGGGCGUUCUGAGCAUGCCCAUUGGAGCCAGAGGGGCAGCGAUUGGGGAAGCGGUGGAAAUGGGAGAGAACCAGAGCAUCACAGGGGACAGUGGUAUAGAUUCUCCUCGGACCCGUGUCAGCCUGGCCUCCAGUAACACUGUCAUUCUGGAGGGUCUCAAGAGAAGAGGCUUUUUACAAAACUUGGAGAAGCUGCAUUCAAAGAGCAGCGCCAUUCGGCCACAGAGCUCCCUGCUCCAGCUAACUCCUGUCAUGAACGUAUAGCAGGCUGCCGAUGCUUUGUGUGACAGAUC